AUGUCAUCGCUGGAGUACAUGAAAAAGGAUUGUGUCGCGUCUGGGACCCUGUCAUCGGCCUCUCUGAAAGACACUUUAACUAAAAUCAACAGCCGGAGACAUAAAGCUCGAAAGAAGAUCUCACCCAAAAACAAAGAGGAGCCACAAGCAGAAUGUGACGUUUGCAGGCUGUCUUUACUCAGUUGUGGCAGUCGCAGCCGUACUGUCCGCAGAAUCCUGGUGGCUUGCGUCAUCUCUUUCCUGGCUCUUCUCUCUGCUGUGACCAUGGACUUCAACUCAUCUUUGGCUCAAUGGCAAGCCACUGAAGCUUCACUUAAAGAGCUUACAUCAUGUAGGACAAACAUUACACUCAGACUCGUGAUGGAGCUCCAAACAUUAAGAAACCUCAGUUCAACAAGGGAGAAUACAGUUUAUAAUGUCAAGCAAGAAAGGUUUCCCAGCUCUUGGUCCUUGGUAAUGCUCACCGUUAACCGUUGUUGUGCUAGUACUGAUAUGGACAGUUUGGGUCAGCCCUGUGAUGUUGAGUUUCUUGAGUUUUGUGAGCAUCUUCAAUCCAACCUUGAAGAGUGUCUCAAUGUUACAUGGAGAGCUGAGUCAAUGGAUGCUAAUGAAACCACAGUUUUUACUCUAGCAAUUGAGAAGAUAUUAAACACAUGGGGCGUCAGAGAUGUUGAUAUUGGUUUCCUCAAACACAACACAGACUGGACAGAUGUCCUUGCUCUGAAACUGCUUUUAACUGUCCAGGAGUUGAACUAUCGCUGGAUAACAGGUGAAAAGAAAAGAGAUGAAAUAUGGCAUGCAACAGCACUCAUGUCAGUCAUAAAAGACAUGUCUGAAAACCUCUGUAACUGUUGGAUGGAAAAUACUGAUUUAGAGCUAAACGGGAGUAAUAUAAGCUAUUUAAUCUUCUCUACUGCCACAACUUCCAGUGGAUCCACAGAGUUGAUGCUGGCCUUGGAGAACACGCUGAGAUGUUUUCACACCCGAGCUGGAUGGGCUCUGAAACUGAAAUCCAGAGACAUCUCGUCCAGCAUCAGUCUGAAGAUCUGCCUCCUCGCCAUCGCCUGUCUCAUUUACCCCAUAGUGCUGCUCUCCUUCAAACAAAUGACAGAAUGGAUCCAGGACUACGCUCAGAGCCUCAGGGAGAAGACAGAAGACCUGAAGAGAGAACGACGUCUUGCAGAAGAUCUCCUUCAUCAGAUGCUGCCCAAAUCUGUGGCCAAGCAGCUACGCCAACAGAAACACGUAGAGGCUGAGAGUUAUGAGAAGGUUACUAUUUUUUUCUCAGACAUUGUGGGUUUUACUGCAAUAUCAGCCUCUUGCACUCCACUACAAGUUGUUGAGAUGCUAAAUAACCUCUACAUGUGCUUCGACACACGCAUCGACUCCUAUGACGUCUACAAGGUGGAGACUAUAGGAGAUGCAUACAUGGUGGUCAGUGGACUGCCAGAGAGAAACGGAGACAGACAUGCAGAUGAGAUCGCUAAAAUGUCUCUGGAUCUGGUGGCUGCGGUCAGACAGGUGCCAAUACCUCACAUGCCUAACAAACGCCUUCAGCUCCGAGCCGGAAUACACACAGGUCCUUGUGUAGCUGGCAUUGUUGGGUACAAGAUGCCGCGGUACUGUUUGUUUGGAGACACAGUUAAUACGGCCUCUCGGAUGGAGUCCACUAGCCUGCCACAGAAGGUUCAUGCAAGCUCUGCUACAUACCUGGCACUCAUGAAGGACAAUGCGUAUGAACUGCAGUUACGCGGUGAGAUUGAAGUAAAGGGAAAAGGAAAAAUGGACACUUACUGGUUGAUUGGUCACAAAAACUACAGUGUUCAGAAUGACAGUUUGGUUUGUCACUGGAACCCCAAUAUCUCACGAAAGAAAAAGGCCCCUGUAGGGAGCAACGUGUCCAUGGAGAAUUCCAGCAUCACUGUCCAGAGUAUAGCUGACAGUAUCACACCAGCCUCUCAACCUGAUGUCCUGCCCAGAUUGGAGGGGUCAGAGGUCACACUGUGCGUUUCUGCACAGGUGGAGAACUGCACAAGCAGCUUCGGGACACUGGGAUCGAUGGUGGGGGCACUGCAGGGGGAGCAGGAGAUGGAGGAACGUCCACACGACCAACACAACGAUAAAACUUCUCUGCUUCCUGGAGCAGUGUCACACAGCUGA